CAACACAGGUACUUUUCAGCUUUAGCACUUUGGAGAAGCUAAGCACUUAUGUCAUGCAAUGGAAUCAAAUCCAUGCAAUCAUGAACAUCCAAGAAACUUACUACCCAAUUCCUAGUUUCAAAGGAAUCAUUCAAAGAAACUGAAACUAGGAAUCUAUCUACUGGCCCAAUGGAGAAAAUAAUUCACAGUGCUGCACACUUUGUAAGGUCAGGAUUGUUGCCUACCAUGGCUCCUAUUCCUCCCCUCUAGUAAAGGGCAUUCUGAAAGUCAGCACACCUUGGUGGGACCGUGAAUGGCGCAGAAGGAAAAUUAGAUGCAUCGUAUGUAGACGCCUUCCCGUCCGAACAGUUGUUUGACACUUUGAUACGUACAUUAUACUUUGGCGGCUUAGAUGAUGCGAGAAGCAGGAUUCUAGUUGUUUAAAAAUUCGACUGACUAUGCAAUGUAAAAAGCGCGAAGAAUAAUAAUUGAUUUUGCUGUUUUCAGAGGACCGCCAUUGUCAGUUCUGACUUAUCUGAACUGAAAUCAGGAAAUUCCAAUCGCCCUAGUUGACGGUGGCUCACUGAGAGUGAAAAUCUGAGGGUGUAGUAUAUGAAUUAGAUGUUAAAAUCAGGCGGGAUAAGAAAGCACGACAAAAUUAUAUACUAGGCGGAAAGAAUUGCAAAAAGAUCUCUUUGGGUUUUUGGAUAGGGGCGAGCUUUGGGUAAGGGGAUAAAGAAUUGGUUGGAAAACAUUGAGGAAGUCGGCUAAUUUUGAGGAUUCUUUGGGGUAAGUAGUUAACAUGGGGCAUGUAAAUCCUCCACCUGGGUUUGACCCGGCUGGCACUGGACAUGAUUCCAAUGAAUUAGACGUUGCAAGCUGCCCCUCUUCUCGUAAAACUAUGGAUGAUGUCCCUGUAUAUAAGGUAGGCGCUCCGCCUCGUUUGGAGCUGAUGAAAGAAUUCAAGGCUGCAUUGAAGGAGACCUUGUUUCCUGAUGACCCUCUUCGCCAGUUCAAGCGCCAGCCCAGGUCGAAGAAAUUCAAACUGGGUGCAGAGGCAGUGUUCCCCGUGCUUGAAUGGGGAAAGUCUUAUUCGUUGAGCAAGUUCAAGGGAGAUUUGAUUGCAGGCUUAACAAUUGCCAGUCUCUGCAUUCCUCAGGAUAUUGGAUAUGCAAAAUUGGCUAACUUGUCUCCUCAAUAUGGCCUUUACACUAGCUUUGUACCUCCAUUGAUAUAUGCUGCAAUGGGAAGCUCCAGGGAUAUUGCAAUUGGGCCAGUAGCUGUUGUUUCCAUCUUGUUGGGAACAUUGGCCAGGAAGGAAAUAGAUGAUGUUAAAUCUCAUGAUUACCUCCGUCUUAUAUUCACAUCAACCUUUUUUGCUGGUGCUUUCCAGGCAUUGCUUGGAAUCUGCAGGCUUGGUUUCCUCAUUGACUUUCUAUCACAUGCAUCAAUUGUUGGUUUCAUGGGAGGUGCUGCCAUUACAAUUGCACUACAACAGCUGAAAGGAUUCCUUGGCAUACAGAAUUUCACAAAGAAAACAGACAUUAUCUCUGUAAUGAAGUCUGUAUUUGGCGCAGUUCAUCAUGGAUGGAAUUGGGAGACAAUUUUGAUAGGAACAAUCUUCCUGAGUUUUCUUAUGACAGCUAAAUAUAUUGGCAAGAAAAACAAACGAUUUUUCUGGGUGCCAGCUGUAGCCCCAUUGAUAUCAGUCAUUUUGUCAACUCUCCUUGUCUUUUUGACACGUGCAGAUAAACAUGGUGUGCAAAUUGUUAAUCAUAUUAAGAAAGGAGUAAACCCUAGUUCAGCAAGUGAACUUGCAUUCAGUGGAGACCUUCUUGCAAAAGGUGUUAAAAUUGGUUUUGUGGCUGCUUUGAUUGCUCUUACGGAAGCUGUUGCAAUAGGAAGGACAUUUGCAGCAUUAAAGGACUACCAUUUAGAUGGAAACAAAGAAAUGAUAGCAAUGGGUCUCAUGAAUGUAGCAGGCUCAUUGACUUCAUGCUAUGUUGCAACAGGCUCCUUCUCACGCUCAGCAGUGAACUAUAGUGCAGGCUGUCAAACAGCAGUUUCAAAUGUUGUGAUGUCAACCAUGGUUUUGCUGACGCUUUUAGUGAUUACACCACUCUUCAAGUACACUCCAAAUGCAAUCUUAUCUGCUAUCAUCAUCAAUGCAGUCAUUGGUUUAAUUGACAUCAAGGCAGCACGCCUCAUCUGGAAAACUGAUAAACUAGACUUUAUUGCCUGCAUGGGAGCCUUCUUUGGUGUAGUUUUUGUCUCUAUUGAAAUUGGCCUUUUGAUUGCUGUUUCUCUGUCAUUUGCGAAAAUUCUUCUACAUGUGACAAGGCCACAUACAGCUCUAUUGGGGAAAAUUCCUGGAACAAAUAUUUAUCGGAAUAUUGAACAAUAUCCAGAUGCUGCCAAAAUUCCUGGCAUUCUUAUUGUCCGCAUUGAUUCUGCAUUGUACUUCUCAAAUGCAAAUUAUGUCCGAGAGAGGAUUCUUAGGUGGAUAGAUGAUGAAGAAGAAAAACUACAGGAGAAAGGUCAAAUGAAACCACAAUUCCUAAUCAUUGAAAUGUCCCCUAUCAUCAAUAUAGACACUAGUGGGAUUCAUGCCUUGGAGGAUCUCCAUAAAACACUACAUAAACGUAAUAUGCAGCUAGCACUUGCAAAUCCAGCAGCAUCGGUAAUUGAAAAGCUUCAUGCGUCCAGCUUUAUUGAAGAAAUAGGACAGGAUCAGAUCUUCCUCACAGUUGGGGAGGCUGUACAAGUUUGUUCUCGUCACUUAAAAUUUGAUGUUUGAGGAAAACACAAGGCAGGCAUGUACAGAAGCCACUUAUGGGUGUCAACUGAUCCUUCGCCAGAUUUACAUAGAAGAGUAGGAUCAGUGUGUGUGAAAUCUACUUUUUUAAGGUUUGGGAUCGCUCGGAAUGAAAUAUUGAUUCCUAACGAAUCAAUCUUCGACCAAUUUAUGGUCUUUUGUUUGCAAUUUCUUUCGCUAGUUCUGCAAAGCCCUUGAAAAAAUAAAUUUAAAAAUAAAAUAAUCUGGUUAAAGCAGAUUGUAAAUUAGUUUUCAUAUGCGAGCUCCAAGAAGAGUGUAUGGGUGUGGGUUCCUAUUCCUUUAUUAGGUUUUGGAGCAGUAUGUUUAACUUGUUCUGCAAAUCCCCCUUCUUAAAAAUAAAGAUAUUAAUAAAUUGAUUUAAA